AUGAAGGCCAUGAAGGGGCUUAGUGUGAAUCGCAUGAUGAGCACCAUCAAAAAGCGAACGGCCACUGGCUUCAGUGGACCCAGCGAGACGUCCGCCCUGGACCCGCAGAACGACACUCCCGAAGCUAUCGCGGUCCGUAGCGUGAGACAAUUCUGCGAGUCUGGAGGCCCGAAUGCCGCUGGUGAUGAAGUCCUCUACCUCCCGCCCAUCGUCGAGGCCGCCGAGUCUUCCCCCGCAGCCGCCGCCGAAUGCGCCCGCAUCAUUCGAAAGUACUUGUCCAAGGAUAAUAUGGCCAAGGCUUCGUGGCAGUACAACGCCAUUAUGCUGAUUCGCAUCCUCACCGACAACCCCGGCCCAACCUUCACCCGAAACAUGGACAAGAAGUUCGCCGAUACCGUCAAGGACCUUUAUCGCUCCACGCGCGAUCCCAGCGUCAGGCAGAUCAUUAUGGAAACCCUCGAUAACUUUGAGACGACAAAGUUCGACGACCAGGGCCUUGGGGAGCUGAUAUCCAUGUGGAAGAAGGAGAAGGAGCGCGGUUACAAGCAGUAUGGCGCAGUGCAGCCGAGAAACUCAGCGCCACCUGACCCGCGGACCAUGAAUGCGCCGCCGUUUGACCCUCAUUCCCAGAACUACUUUGCGCGUCAUCACAACAAUCCGACACUGCCAAAUCCUGUGGAGCUGACAAGCCGGUUGGAGGAGGCCAGGACGUCUGCCAAGUUGCUGUCUCAGGUGGUCAUUAAUACCCCUCCGCAAGAGGUCCUCAACAACGAUUUGAUCAAGGAGUUUGCCGACAGAUGUCAGAGUGCUUCAAGGAGCAUACAACUCUACAUGAGGGCAGAGAACCCCUCCCCGGACAACGACACGAUGGAGAAUCUGAUCGACACCAACGAACAGCUUCAAUCAGCACUCAACCAGCACCAAAGAGCCGUCCUCGGUGCCCGCAAGCAGCUCGGAGUCGGAGCGCGGUCCGAGAAUGCCAGCCCAAUCAGCCCCAACUCUAUCAAUGGCCAACAUCCAGGCCAGCACCCAGAUGCGCCGCAACAGUGGCAGCAGGCUCAGUCGUCGUCGUCCAGCUCGACACCAGCUCCAGCUUUACCAUCACGACCGGCCGAAGGCAACGGAAAGGGCAAGGCAGCCGAAUCAUUCGCGCCACCUCCAGGACCACCGCCAAAGCCGUACUCAGAAGCUCCGACGGACGAUCCUUUCAGAGAUCCCCAGCCGGACGCCAAAUACUCGUCUUCGAGCAGAGCUGGCGGAUCCUCCAACGCCGUGGAAUUGCCAAGUCUGCCUAGCGAGGAGCCGCGUCUAGCCUUCGACCCCUACCAUCCAGGUUUCAACGCGACGCCGAGUUACGUCGGAAGACAAGACAGCGCCGUCGGCAAGGUGACAAUGCACGGGGCUGACGACGCCGCGACGCCUGGGGCCGGUCCCCUGAGUGGCAACCCGAUCCAGACCGUCGACCUUCGAAACCGUCAACAGACACCACAGGAGGAUUCCGACGACGAUCUCUAUGAAUCGACUCCCAAGAUCAAGAGGAAAGAGCCGGUCAACAGAUACUAA